CGCUGUUGCUUGGCAGCGGGAACCCGUCUGGCCGGGGGCUCAGCUCACUGGUGAGAAAGAAAGAGGCCGCUAGCAGCGAUUGUGAUAGUCAGUGAGGGAGGGAAGGGGACAGUGAGUUUCCCCACAGCGGUACCUCCAGCGCUUAGAAUGGGGGGCCCCGACCGGACCGGUUGCAGGCACCUGCUGCUGCUCAUUCUGGUCUCUGUCUCGAGGGUAUGUGCUGAUAAAACUCCCCCUGAACUGCCCCCUCAGGACUCUUGGGGAGAUCUGUGGCUGGUGCGUUUUUUCCUUAAUAUUGCUGGUUAUGGGACCAUUCUCCUGCCAGGAUACUUGCUAAUUCACUACUUCAAGCGAAAGAACUACCUAGAAACUGGUAGAGGCCUCUGUUACCCUGUGGUGAAGUCUUGUGUUUUUGGCCAUGAGUCUAAGUCUUCGGCCCCUGAAGAAACAGCUGCAGCCCCCAGGGUUGAGGGUGACCCUUCCACUACUCAACAGGCCCUUAAGCUUCUCUUCUGUGCAGCUGGACUCCAGGUCUCGUAUCUCACAUGGGGAGUUCUACAGGAACGUGUAAUGACCCGCACAUAUGGCUCGGAGGAAGGAGGCCCCGGGGAACGUUUCCGUGAUUCACAGUUUCUCGUCUUCAUGAACCGCAUCCUGGCUCUGACGGUGGCAGGCCUAUACUGCAGUGUGACCAAGCAGCCGCGCCACGGUGCCCCCAUGUACAAAUACUCAUUCGCCUCCCUCUCUAACAUCCUCAGCAGCUGGUGCCAGUAUGAAGCCCUCAAGUUCAUCAGCUUCCCCACCCAGGUACUUGCCAAAGCCUCCAAGGUCAUCCCAGUCAUGCUUAUGGGCAAACUGGUGUCGCACAAGAGCUACGAAUACUGGGAGUACCUGACUGCUGUGCUUAUCUCUGUUGGGGUCAGCAUGUUUUUGUUGUCAAACGGAGGGGGUGACCGCCCAUGGGGUGUCACCACCUUCUCCGGGGUGGUCAUUCUGGCUGGGUAUAUAGUGUUUGACAGCUUCACGUCCAACUGGCAGGACUCGCUCUUCAAGUACAAGAUGUCCUCGGUGCAGAUGAUGUUCGGGGUGAACUUGUUCUCCUGCCUCUUUACAGUGGGCUCUCUCCUGGAGCAGGGGGCCUUGCUGGAGGAUAUUCACUUCAUGAAUAGGCACCCCGAUUUUGCCUUCCAUGCUGCUCUCCUCUCCGUUUGCUCGGCUUUUGGGCAGCUCUUCAUCUUCUACACCAUCAACAAGUUUGGAGCUGCUAUCUUCACCAUCAUCAUGACUUUACGCCAGGCGCUGGCCAUCUUGCUGUCCUGUUUGCUCUAUGGGCAUCCCGUCACGGCAGUGGGAGGAGUCGGGGUGGCUAUUGUCUUUCUUGCCCUUUUUCUCCGGGUCUAUGCCAGGGGGAGGAUGAGGAAGAAGGUCAGAAAGACUGCUGAUACCCCAGUGGUGCAGAAGGUUUGACGUCCACAUUACUACAUGCACCUCCCGCCGUGUGAGAUUCGCCUCGUCUGAUGGAACCACAGAACACUCACCCCUUUAAUGAAACUCCUGCCAUUGUGUAUAUCAUUUUAAUACAUUUCUAUAUGGAUUUAAUGGCAUUUUAGCUUUUUAGCCUCAAGGGGCCUGACCCCCGGGCUGAAACCUGAGAGACCAAGCAACUCCCUGCAGCCUUAAAUGGAUGCUCAAUAUUAUAAACUGGUAGAAGGAUAGUUUGUGGAGCUGUAGGUAUCCCGUGUUCAAAUGAAACUUGUCCCCCUCUAUUUUUUCUAAUUCCGAAACAGAAUGAUCUGCUGUAUUAAAGGGUAAAUUUCCUU